AUGUCUGUCUCACGCCCCAACGUUUCCAACGACCUGAUCUGGCAGAUCACCCGUAACCAGAAUGCCUAUCUGGUUCGCCGCAACACCGGUGGUGGCUCCCAGUUCUCCCGGGACCCCCUGAACUUGGUCAACAAGCACUCUUUCAAGGCCGUCGGUGUUCAGUCCGAUGAGAACGGCAACGUCGUCGUGAUCACCAAGAAGCCCAACAACGCCCAGCAGCCCGCUCAGAGCCUGGUCACCGUCUCCUACGGCCCCAAGACCUCCACCCGCAAGAUCUACAAGGGUGUUGCCAGCAAGACCGCCCAGCACGGUUACCGCGCUGAUGUCCGCGAGGAGGCUGUUUCCCGUGUCAGCGCUCUCCGCCGCGCCGGUCUUCCCAAGAAGGAGACCCCCGCCUCCAAGCCCCGCGGUGCCAAGGCCCGCCAGGCCGAGGAGAAGUCCGAGUAA